AAUUCGCUGUAACUGAACGGAGUUAUCAUGGCGUCUGCCACACGGCAGUGCUGCGGAGAAACUCAGAAAGAACAGUAUAUUUAAGUCCAGAAUAAGGCAUUUCUGCCCUGAAGUCGGGAAUAUUUUAGUUCAAUAUAGUACAGUUCGGAACAACCUUUCAUUGCAUUUUUCCAUUCGGCCUUUUUUGUUUAAAUGCUUGUCAGUCCAUGAUCAUGCCCGAGGUCUGCCCGAUAGAAACAAUUCAAGACAUCGAAGAUGUCAUCAACGCUCAAACGGAGCUGAGAGUGCCCUCGUAUCGUAACGAAGUCGUCGCUCGUGUCGUGAGGAAUAAACCAAAAGAAGCGGUAUUUGGUGACAGCUUCCUACCAGGAACACACGCAGUUUACGUUAAAACGUGGGGAUGUGCUCACAACAGUUCAGACAGCGAAUACAUGGCUGGGCAAUUGGCUGCCAGUGGGUACACCAUAGUCGACGACGCAAAAAAGGCGGACCUCUGGCUGCUAAACAGCUGCACGGUGAAGAACCCUGCCGAAGACCAUUUCAGGCACGAGAUAGAACAGGGGCAUAAGGAAGGGAAGAAAGUCGUCGUUGCUGGCUGCGUUUCUCAAGCAACACCGCACGUCAAUUACUUGAAAGGUCUCAGUAUUAUUGGAGUGCAACAGACAGACAGGGUGGUUGAAGUUGUCGAAGAAACCUUGAAAGGGAACUCGGUCAGACUUCUCGGAACAAAGAAGAGUGGGAAACGGAAAGCUGGAGGCGCCGACCUCACCCUGCCCAAGAUCAGGCGGAAUCCGCUCAUCGAAAUUAUUGCUAUCAACACUGGGUGCCUGAAUCACUGCACCUACUGCAAAACAAAGCAUGCCAGAGGAGAUCUUGGAAGUUAUCCAAUUCCAGAGCUUGUUGAUAGGGCCAGGCAAGCAUUUCAAGAGGGCGUACGAGAAAUCUGGCUUACAUCCGAAGACACCGGUGCGUACGGCCGCGACAUCGGGGUGACAUUGCCAGAUCUGCUUCGGGAAAUGGUUACCGUCAUACCGCAAGGGUGCAUGCUUCGGCUUGGCAUGACAAAUCCUCCCUACAUCUUGGAUCACCUCGAGGAAAUGGCGGAGAUUUUGAGUCAUCCUCGGGUGUACUCUUUCCUGCACAUCCCAGUGCAGUCCGGAAGCGAUCCCGUCCUUUCCGAAAUGAAGCGGGAGUACACCGUAGCGGAAUUCAGACAUGUCGUAGAUUACCUUCGACAGAGGGUGCCCGGAAUCACAAUAGCUACGGACAUUAUUUGCGGCUUCCCUACAGAGACGGAAGAGGAUUUUGACAACACCAUGAAACUCGUGGAUGAGUACAGAUUCCCGUCGCUCUUCAUCAACCAAUUUUAUCCGCGGCCCGGGACGAUUGCUGCGAGCAUGAAACGGAUUCCCACGCAUACUGUGAAAGCGAGGACGAAGCGGCUCACAGAACUAUUUCAGUCUUACCGCCCUUACGACCACAAGAUCGGAGAAGCACAGACCGUGCUUGUCACGGAGGUGGCACACGACAGAAAACACCUCGUGGGACACAACAAAUACUACGAACAGGUUUUACUGCCACUGGAAGAUGACUUUAUGGGCAGCGCGGUGGAUGUCAGAAUAUCCGGCGCCGGAAAACAUUACAUGCACUGCGAGGUCAUACGAUUGGCGGAUUCGAUGGAUGCAGCUCUCCCAAGGCCUCUGCCUCCUGGACAGGUUUCUGGAGUGAAAGAGGAAGCUCCAGCGAAAGCAAAUGGCGCAAGUUGCAGAAAUUACUCCGCAUCUGUUUGUGCGGAGAGGUGGAUGUUGGUGAUUGCAGUCGCCGUGCUCGCACUUUUGGUAAAGUUUGCCUUGCAGACAGAUAAAGGUGGUUUGUUCAUGUAUUCCUGUUGUGGAAACUAAGAAACUCGUGGCUCUACUGGGA